UUUAGUCGGAAGUGUGAAUUUCGCAUUGCCGUUUGUCAAAGCUGAAAGUAACAACUAGCAAUUUCGUGCUUCAGAGCCACCGUUACUGGUUACUUCAGCGGCGGGCGGAUUCGUAAACGUACUUGACGAUGGCCGGGGAAAUGUCAAUGAUCGGUUCUAUGAUCCUGGCUCUGUUCUUGGCUGGUUAUUUGGGACAGCAGUACUUACCCCCACCCAAGCCCAAAGUGAUCGGUCUGGACCUGGGCACCACCUUUUGCUCCGUGGGCGUGUUCCACCCGGGCAGCGGAGAGGUGGAGGUGAUAGCAGACGAGGAGGACAGGAGGAGCAUCCCGAGUAUCAUCUCCUUCACCAACACGACGGUGCUGGCUGGGCACGACGCCGUGGAUGUGGCCGACAAGAACCCCCGGAACACCAUCUACGACGCUAAGCGGUUCAUCGGGAAGAUCUUUGCUCCGCAUUCGCUCGAGCAGGAGAGCAGCCGCUAUCCUUUCAAGGUGAUCUCCAACAACGGGAGCGCCGAGUUUGUGAUCACCACCAACGUCACGUUCACGGUGACUCCGGAGUUUAUUGGCUCCAGGCUGCUGCUGAAGAUGAGGAAGAUGGCCGAGCGGCAACUUGGCGUGCCCGUCCACAAAGCCGUCAUCUCGGUGCCUGCAGAAUUCGACGAGAGACAGAGGGAGUACACUGUCAGAGCUGCCAACCUUGCCGGCUUGGAGAUCCUGCGCGUGAUCAACGAGCCGACGGCGGCCGCCAUGGCGUACGGCCUUCACAAGGUGGAUGUCUUCAGCGUGCUGGUGGUGGACCUUGGCGGAGGAACCCUGGACGUGUCUCUGCUCAACAAACAGGGCGGCAUGUUCUUCACCCGAGCCAUGGCCGGAAACAACAAGCUCGGCGGGCAAGACUUCAGCCAGAGGUUACUCCAGUACACCACAGAGCGAGUGCGACAAGAGUUCGGCAUCAUGCCCACUGUCAAAGAGGACCUCCAUCGUCUCCGCCAGGCCGUGGAGUCGGCCAAGCUCGACCUCACCCUCCAGCCCAGCGCCACCGUCAGGGUGCCGCUGCACCUGCGCGUCACGGAGCCUGUGCUUUUCGAGGCGACGGUCACCCGCGAACUUUUCGAGGCGCUCAACGAAGACCUCUUCCAGAAGAUCCUGGACCCAGUGGAGACGGUGCUCGCCGAGGGCCACCUGGACAGAGACGAGGUGGACGAGAUCGUGCUGGUGGGCGGAUCCACCCGGAUACCGCGGAUCCGGAGGCUCAUCGCCGAAUACUUCGGAAAGGAGCCCAACACUUCGGUGGACCCCGACCUGGCUGUGGUGACGGGCGUGGCCCUGCAGGCGGGCAUCAUGGGCGGAUCGUGGCCGUUACAAGUCAGCGCCAUCGAAAUUCCCAACAGGCACCUUCAGAAGACCAACUACAACUAGUUUUUGAAUCCCGGCAAGUGCAGAGACUGCCUGAAUGUACUUCAGUUGAGCCACUGAGAACUAUAGGCUAACGCCAUGUCAGUCAUUUCCAGGAGAGAGAUUGAAAGUUUUAUGGCUGCUGCUAAAAGUUUAGUGUAAUAGGCCAAACAUCGGUCAACUCCAUCAAUAUUUCAUGAAAGAUGAUAAAUAACAUUCACUUUAACAUGCAGAUUCACUGGCCCCAAAGCUUUAAAAAAGUGCUGAGUGCAAUAAGGGUCUGCCAUUUAUGACAAAACUCGAACUAAGCCUUGAAUUGGACCAAUAUUCCCAUGAUAAAGAUAGGCCUUUCUUUUUUUUAUUUCAGCAGUGAACUUUAAAAAUGACCCAAAUGGGGUUAGCGCACUCUAGUUCUCAGUGGCUCAAUAACACAUUUAGUCAGCAGACAUUGCAGGUCAUACUUUGAGACAGAGGGCCAAACAGCACCUUGGUACUGCACAACCAACCCGGAUGAAGACUCUCAGGAAGUGUAUAGACUUGGCUGAGGGGGGACCACAGGGUUGUAGGUUAAAGACCCAAUCUGGAACAAAGAAUUGGGACAUGGGAUCUGUAUUAGAAGUGUGCAUACCCUUUCCCCCCUCACUUUAAUAUCAGUAUAAUUUAAUGGAUUAAAAAAAACUCGAUAUUUAUUUAUCACAUGAAAUGUUUUGCUUUACUGCUUACGUGCAAUGUGCCUGUAAGGAACACAACCACAAUGUGUUCUUGCCAACGUACUGUUGAACGUCAAUUAUUCUAAUGAAUUAUCAAGCGGCAGCAGGUCUGUCUCAGUUCUGGGGUUCUGGGUUUGAAUUUGUGGAGUUUGCAUGUUCUCCUUGUACUUAAUCUGGUCUUUCUCUAGGUUCUCUGACUUCCUCCCACAUUCCAAAAAUAUAUGUUACAUUCAUUGAAGACUAAAUUGUCCAAAUUAUCCAGAGGUGUGAAUGGCUGUAUGUGCCUUAUGAUUGGCAGGUGACCAGUCCAUGGUGUACCCCCGUCCCUUUCUCAAAGUCAGCGGGGAUAGGCUUCCGUUAGACCCAAAUGAGGACAAGCACUAUAAAAAAUGGGUUCGAAUUAGCAGGCUGUUUAUGAAACAGUGCAUGCAAGUGGUCAAACAAUGAUUUAUGUUCUGUUCUAGUCACUCACCUAAUUGCAUACUGUACUUUUUCUUUCAAGUAUUUAGCACCUGAUGUUACCAGACAUAGUAUUUUAUCAGAUACUUUUGGUUCCUGGCUACAGUGUUUUACUAGCACUGUAUAAUACAUUUCUCAUUAAUCAACUGGUCUAUUCAAUUCUAUUGCAAAUAUUCAAACUCUUAGUGGUGAGCAGCAGUACCGUCCCUCCCAUCUUUCUUUACAUACUGUCAAGUUAAAAACAGAUAUUUCUGUUUUUUGUUUUUAAGAAAAAACAUUUCAGAUAAAUACAAAAAGACAUAAUAAGUACAUACCUGUGUUCAAAUGUCAGAGUUUUGUUUUAUUAAAAAAUGAGACCAAGGUAAUUUCAAAACUUUUUUUCUCUCCAUCAUUGUGACCUGAUCCAACUUUAAAAAAAAAAAUCUAGAAAAAAAAAAAGACAUUUUAGAGAUGGGAAGUAAAAAUAACAAGUGGUUGCACAAGUCAUAACUGGAGAUGUGGUUGUGUUCAGAAUUAACCAAUGACAUUCAAACACAUUAAAUGGGAGGCAAAAAAACCUGCCACCAUUUAAAAUUGAUACAGGUUGGAGGUCGGACACAUAAGGGUGAAAAUGUUUUGAAAACAUUUAUUUUGGUCUUUUUUCACAUUAGCUUGGCAUUUGAACAGGAGUGUGUAGACUUUAUAGCCGGUGUACGUGCUUGAUAAAUCAUUGCCACCCAAUAAAAAGACAUAACUCCAGAUUUUGGAAUUUUUGUAUCCGUUUUGUAUUAA